AUUCAUCCACAUACAAGGUCCCAACACGUCUCCUAGUGCGUUCAGUAGGGAGGAUCACAUGAGCUAGCAGUAGUCGGACUGGGACGCACUUGUCCAUCAGACGGACCCGAACGCGUAGGCGGAACUAUGUACAGUGUGGACGCAUAUCUGGAUUACCGUUUCGCCGCCGGCGUGGGGUGACUACCGCGUCGAGAUGCUCGUCGCCGUGAUGCUCAGAUCGCGUCGAAGCUGGCCUGACAAAGCUUGCCAAGACUUGCAACGUGCCGUGGCGAUGCUUCUUCGGGGACUUUGGGGAUGAUAACGCCGGAAGCAGAGUCCUGCCGCAAGCAUGCGGCUGAAUCAUUGAUACGAGUGUUCUAGGUGGUCAAGGUCAAGAUACGGUCUGGCGAGGCCGACGGCGUGCUGCUAAAGAAGGAGAGGGUGGACCACGAAACAGCCAUGCUUCGAAUCGACAUCACAUCGAGGGCAAAAUCUUAACGAGAGCGGGUGAGCUCAGUGCGGAAUGCGGGAUUUGGUCAGUCCCAUUCUGGUGACACCGCUCGCAAGCCUUAGCCCGUGACGCCGCCGCCAAGUGCACGAUGCUCGCAUGACAAUUGUUGAACUUGGAGGCUCAUCUGAUGUAACCAUCGGUGUUCCACUGGCCGUCGCAUGGGUACAGCACACCAAAGCAUUGUUAUCGCAGCUGCGUGGUCUUCCUUCGCUUGAUUAUUAGCUCCGGCCUCGUCCCGCCUGAUCUACAUUGAAUGUGUGAGGUGAUUCCGCAUUCGCGCUGGUCCUGUACCAUGCGGUAACAUAACGCCAGGCCUCGCCACGAGCAUAUCGCGUCAAGGCUCUCGGAGAAGGUGAAGCCCGAACCUUUCAGAGAGGUAUAAAAGAUGGAAUCAAUCCGCCCGAGGUUCUCCAGGCGACUUCGUUCCCGUCUUCGCUCAGACAGACUUUUACUGGUCUCAGUCUAUCUCGCACUCUAGCGCACUACCGCACCCGCUUACGGACAUCAUCCCGAACACCUGAAUCUUGAACCAUGUUCUCCUUCAGCAAGGUCUUCGCCUCCGUCUUCCUCGCGGUGCUCUGCGCCAGCACUGCGACCGCGGUCCCGUACCCGGCGUCCUCGAAGUACGCGACCCACCGCACCCGCGAGAUAUCUCCGGCUCUCAAGAUCGAGACCUACCAUCCCCUGUCGUCUUACGAGACCUUCGGCGAGGGUAUUGACCACCCCCUCUCCAAGCGCGCCGAUGCGUCUCUCGAAGACUCGGCGGUCGCCUUCGUGCAAUCGCGCCACCAGCUUGACUCUGACGCCGUACACGUCCGCUCUUCGUUCGAGAGCGACAGCGCUCGCCACGUCUACGUUAAGCAGCAGCACAACGGCAUCCCCUUCGCCAACGCCGUCGCCAACGUUGCCCUGAACAAGGACAACAAGGUCGUCGCGUUCGGCAGCUCUUUCGUGAAGUUUUCCAAGAUCGCGGACUCCACCCCGGCCGUCGCUGUCGAGGACGCGAUCGCUACUGCAGAGGCGCAGCUCAACGGAAAGUUCGACACCGAGAACUUCCCCGAGCCCACCCUUCAAUACUUCGUUAAGGAGGACGACUCGGCUGUCCUCGUGCACGCUUUCCAGGUCCGUAACGAAGGCGCGGGCACUUGGUACCAGGCCUACGUCGAUGCUCACACUGGAGAGCUCGUUUCUAUCACGGACUUCGUCAACAAGGCCUCGUACUACGUCCUUCCUAUCUGGAAGGAGUACCCCACCGAUGGCUUCGCGACCAUCACCGAUCCCCAGGACACCACCUCGUCUCCUCAGGGGUGGCACAACGACGGCUCGAAGUCGUACACGACCACAUCCGGCAACAAUGCGAUCGCGUACAAGAGCAGCACGAGCUCCACCACGUCCGAAUCUAGCUCCGGUCUCGUCUUCAACUACCCCGCGGCCCUGAGCAAGGCGCCUACGACGACCGCGAACGUCAACGCGGCGCGCGUCAACGCGUUCUACGUUGUCAACUCGGUGCACGACAUCCACUACAAGUACGGCUUCACCGAGUCCGCGUACAACUUCCAGACGAGCAACUUCGGCAAGGGCGGAAAGGGAGGCGACCGCGUCACCAUCUCCGUCCAGGACUCGGCGGGCACCGACAACGCCGACUUCUCGACUCCCCCCGAUGGUCAGAGCGGCCACAUGCGCAUGUUCCUCUGGGAUGAGACGAGCCCCGAGCGCGACGGCGCCCUCGAGAACGACAUCAUCGCCCACGAGAACACUCACGGCCUCACCAACCGCAUGACUGGUGGUGGCACUGGGGAGUGCCUGCAGACGGACGAGGCAGGCGGCAUGGGUGAGGGCUGGUCGGACGCGUUCGCCGAGUGGCUCACGCACACGGACGACUCUGUCCCCGACUUCAUCAUGGGCGCGUACGUGAUCAACGACAGUGCGGGCAUCCGGAACUACCCCUACUCGACCUCGGCGAAGACGAACCCGCUCCGGUACUCGUCGAUCGCCACGCUCGACGAGGUGCACAACAUCGGCGAGGUCUGGGCGAACCUGCUCCACAACGUCUACGCGGCGCUCGUCGGCGAGCACGGCUUCUCCUCCACGGCGCGCACGGACCCGUCGGGCACGGAGGGCAACGUGGUGUUCCUGCACUUGUUCAUCGACGCGCUCGCGCUGCAGCCGUGCAACCCGACGUUCCCGACUGCGCGUGAUGCGUGGAUCCAGGCGGACGCGAACCGCUACGGGGGCGCGAACAAGUGCUUGCUCUGGAAGGCGUUCGCGAGCAAGGGUCUCGGUGUCAACGCGAAGAACUACAAGGACGACACCACUGUCCCCAGCGACUGUUCCUAGACUGCUAAAAGGUCGAGCUCCCUGCUCCCCACUGUCUCCAUGAAUCAUACCCAUGGUCUUCCAAGGGAUAUAACGCUGAGUUAGGAUGAGGUAUCGGACGGUCUUUGUAGAAUUGCUUUGUAUACGAGUGUAUCAUCGACCACGUUUUGCCACGCUCUGCGACGAUCACGGAAUACAAUCCAUUGCACAAC